AUGUCUUCGGUUCGGCGCCAGGUGGCUGUGGUUUAUGGUGAAUUUGUUGCGGCUGCGGGUUUGAAAGUCGCCGAUUUGAUGCUAUUCACCUGGUCUUCGAAAGAUCUUUGCAUUGUCUUUAGACAAUGGAGAGUCACCAGCACCUUCUCUCUGAUCCUAUCCUUGUUUGCCGUCGUUCUUCUUGCGGCGGGCUACGAAUGCAUACGCGAGAUCAGCCGAAGAUACGAACAGAGCUACCAUGCGCGUAUGAGCGCGUACAGUACUAGUGCUUCGAGCGAACCACCACAAUUGAACGAAUCAAGCUCAUUGCUAGGCAUAGGAAGAGACUCCAAGGCAGCGGAAGAACGAAAAGGGACAAUCAUCAAGGCAGGAUUAUAUGCCGUACAGGUCUUUUACAGCUUCUUCAUCAUGCUUCUAUUCAUGACAUAUAAUGGUUGGGUCAUGUUAGCUGUUGCAGUCGGUGCCUUCGUUGGAUACAUCCUCUUUGGCCGCAACCUUGCAUCCACCAAAUCGGUCGCGUGCCACUGA